GAGGUGGCAACGCGCGUCUUGUGGUUGUUUCCAUCUCUCUGCAGACAAACAGCGAAAGAGAAACUUCGUAUUUGCGGAAAAGAAAACAUGCACAAAUUAACAAAACCCAAACUGGUUAAGAUUAGAAGUGCCAAUGAAGCCAAAAAAUACGGAAUUGCAGCUGCUAACCUGAAGGAGCUGAUUAAAAAAGGAUGUAAUUUACUAAAGGUAUCUAGCUCCAAAGUGCAUGUCUGCUUAUACGAUGAUGGGACAGUGCUUACUGAAGAGUAUUUCCAAAAUGUUCCCGAUAACACAGAACUUGUUCUCCUGCCCGAGGGACAGAGCUGGAAUGGACUUGUACAUGAAAUAAAUCAAGUUCUGGGUCUGGACAGAGACUCAGACCUUCUGAUCAGUGCAGCAAAAGAUCUUCUGUCAGAUGAACAGUCUCCCAAGAGGCGCAGAAUACUGGGAGACCUUCUGUGGAACCUGAGGGACAACUCAGAGGUGGAGAACAGAGAAGAAGACAAGGACUGGUUUGAAGGUAUUGAUGGACGGUUUAAAACCAAGUCUGCUUACAUGAGGUAUAACUGUGAGAGCAGAAUCCGAGGAUAUUUAAAAGAGGUUGAUGGAUAUACAAAGACUAUUCCAAAUGUCAAGGCAAAAAGUGAAUAUAAAAAGAUGGUGGAGAUCCUGGCAGAGAAGCUGAAGGCUGCACGGUAUAACGGCACAUACUUUGACCGAUCGGAGAGGGACAUCAACAGGCUCUGCACUGAAGAGGGCUGGUUCACCUGCCAGGGUGCCUUUGAUCAGAACAACUGUGCAUUUCUUCACUCAAUAAACCCGUACGGGAGCCGCGAGAGCAGAAUCCUCUUCAGCACCUGGAAUCUGGACCACCUGAUAGAAAAGAAAAGGACGGUCAUCCCCACACUCGCUGAGGCACUGAAGGGCAGUAAGAUUGCCGAUAUAAACGUGGAUUAUUUCUACAAACUGUUAUUCACAAGGGAAAACCUCAAGCUUGUUCAUAUCGUCUGCCACAAGAAAGGGGCCCAUGAGCUCAGCUGUGACUCCCGAAAAAUCUACAAACGGGUCAGGAGGACUGUGAAAUGAAAGCACAUCCAUAAUCCUCUUAUGAAAUAUGCAGCUUAGUGUGAAAGUUUCAGCUUUUGAUAAAUCACAAGCACUGAGGUUCUCAGGGCCAUUUUAUCUUAUGAAGUUAUAUUGUGCUUCAGGUUAACAUUUUUUUAUUGUAACUUUUAGUUUCAGUUAUAUACCAAUUUUUGUACCAAAGCAACAUUUCUGUUUAAAUUAUAUGAAAACAUUUUUCAGGGUUUUAUAACUGUGACCGAUUUUAUAUUUUAACUAAAUGUCUUUGAAAAGAGUC